CCUCUUUCCGCCCAUUCCUUUGGAGUAGCGAGUUUCCAUUUUUGACCCUCGUCGGCCACCGUAGUGAGCCACUUUCCAAACAUCAACAUGACGGCGGCUGCUCCUUCUUCUUCUCUCGGUGAUUCUCUCUAUGAAUCUCUCAGUGUCUGUGAGCAAGAGCUUCUCGCUGCUUCACUGCUUAUCUGAUGAUAGUUAGAGGAACUUCCCCCGACAGGCUGAGCUGAAACAUGGAGUAUCUGCUGCAGGUGAAGAUCGGCGCUCUGGUCGGUUUAUUGCUGCUAACGCUUUUCUUUGGAUCUAUCCCCGCCCGGGUCAAAUGGUUCAGACGCACUAAUGGAACAGAAACCCACCGCACAGUCCUGAGCCUGAUCAGCUGUUUUGCCGGAGGGGUUUUCCUGGCAGCAUGUCUGCUCGACAUCAUUCCAGAUUAUCUGUCGGACAUCAGCACGGAGCUGGACGUUCGCAAGGUGGAGACCAGCUUCCCUCUUCCGGAGUUCAUCAUGGCCUCCGGCUUCUUCAUGGUCCUCAUCCUAGAGAAGAUGGUGCUGACCUGCAAGGACAUGGGGGGGGCUCAGGAGGAGAGGGCCCCCCUUAUAGCGGACGACAGACACGGACACGGACACGGCCACCGAGCGAGCGCUGAUCUGGAGAGCAGCGGCCACCACGUCCACGUUGACUUUCAGGCUCAUUCCCCGUUUCGCUCCUUCAUGCUCUUCCUCUCGCUUUCGCUCCACUCCGUGUUUGAGGGUCUCGCCAUCGGCCUCCAGAACACCGACUCAAAGGUGUUAGAGAUCUGCAUCGCCAUACUCGUCCACAAGAGCAUCAUCGUGUUCAGCCUGUCUGUGAAGCUGGUGCAGAGCGCAGUCCGUCCGCUGUGGGUGGCGGCUUACAUCGGUGUGUUCGCCCUGAUGUCCCCUCUAGGCAUCGGCAUCGGCAUCAGCGUGGUGGAGGCCCAGCUAGCGUCUGGAGCGCUGAUCCAGUGCGUCCUGGAGGGGCUCGCCGCGGGGACGUUUAUUUACAUCACCUUCAUGGAGAUCCUCCCACAUGAGCUCAACUCCCCCGGGAAGCAGCUGCUCAAGGUGCUCUUCAUCCUGCUGGGCUUCAGCGUCAUGGCAGCUCUGACGUUUAUAGGAUGAGAUCGGUCGGGACGUGGCCUCUGGACUCUCUGAUCCGACUGCUGCGGCUGGGAGACGCUUGUACAAAAGGACAAAUGGUCUCCAUUUACAAAGAAGAAGCAGGUUUACUUAUGCACUGUUAAGAAAAGUUUUUAUGUCGCAACGGAGCUUGACAGCAGUUGUUGAUGGUUUAGUGUUUUUAAAAUACGACAGAUUCGUGUAUAUACAAACAUUUAUUUUUAAAGGAUUUUAUGUUAAGAGGAACAACUUGCUGCAAAAAAGUACAGAGAGGAAAGAGGGGGUGCAUCACGAGUUCCCGUGUGUUUCACUGGUCGUGUUCGGACCCACACUUUGUGGCAUCAAACAAACCCACUGACGCAGACUUUAAACCACUGGAGACACAAGGUCCUGUUGUAUGAAUGUUUAUAUGUUGUGUGUUGCGGUACCUCCAGAUUUUAUAUGUUUACAUCCCCUCAGAAGCGCGUCUGACAGCGUCUUAAUCCUAAAAAGAGUUUGUGCCUUCACUUUGUUGGUCAUAUCAUUUUUGGAAUAUCUUAUCAAUGAUGGUUCCACUGACAAAGUCUUAUUUGGUAAAUGCUGACGUUUUAGUGCAAUGCUUUUAGAAGUAGUUUCCAGUUUUUUGCUGCUUUUAAACAAUCAACCUUUCUUACAUUUUCCCCGUUAACUGACUCUCAGAUGCUUUGAUAAGGUUGUGCUGGAAAAACAAGAAAAAAGGCAAUAAUGAGAAAAUAUGUUGGAAAUCUUUUCCAGUAAAUAAUUGGUUGGUUCCACUAAUGAGCUCAGCUCCUACCAUCCUCUAUUUAAACAAGCUGAUAACUAUUAUUUACAUUAUACUGACCUUUGUCCCAUUUGAGUUCACACUGUGUUCCCACCUUAUCCACUCUAACCGUUUUUAAUUUGGUGUGUGGACAGAAAAAGAAGCUUUGAAAUUCUGAAUGGACAGAAUUGAAUAAUUAAUUCUUCAAACUAAUACUAGCACACGCACCCGACAGCACAGUGCCUACGUGAAUUCAGUGCUUUUUCUUUCUGAGGCCCGGGACUGUAUUGUUUUAGAAUUUCAUUAUUACCAUAAUGCUAAUAUGUUUGUGCACUGAGUUUACCAAAGUGUAUAAUUGUGACUGAAGUUUUAAAACGUCUCUGUUUAAUCUCAAAUCCUGUUUUAAGUUUGUCAUGUGAAUGUCUGAUUGUUUCCUGUGCAGAACAAAUAUUAGGAAGUUGGAUUUUUUUUUUUUUGUGGUAAAACACUUGUAUAUGUCAGCAGCUUUAUUAAGACCAAUUCAAACAUGUCACAUUUCAUAUGCUGUUCAUAUUUUUUUCAUUUAGGGAACUCAAACCAACACUGAUGAAACAAUUUACCCCCAGAAAAGGACCAGUUUGUACUUCUGCUUCCAAAACUCUUUUCAUCUACACCUUAUUUAGUGCCUUAUGAUUAUUCACCUCAUGAGAGAUACGACUUUGUUGUCUGUUGUGUAAACUUGAUGAGAGUAAAGAUCAAAGAACAAUUUUCCAUUUGCUGGUUUGUUGUGUGCAAAAGUUUCAGAGUCAAAAAUCGAAUUGGUCCAUUAAACCAUUAUUUAUACUAUUUAUCCAUUUUUAAACCAAUCUCGAAUCAAAUGUUAGAUUGAUUUAGAAAAUAUUAAUAACAAUAAAUACACAAUAGACCUUUCAUACUUCAUGUAGUCAUACUUGAACUGCAAUUUCAUAUUAAAGAAAUGACUUGUU